AUGCACCAAAAGCAUCCUAUACUUUCUCUCAGAUCCAGGCAGCUGUAUGAUGCCACUCUGUGUCUGGAUUCUCCGCUCUGCAAUGGUGCUGUUCCUCUUGAUCUCAGUACCCAUCUUCAACUACUUCUUGAAGAAAAGAAGCUGCUUCUUGGUCAGUCCCAGAAAACUCCACCAGAAGUCAAAUCUGGCUCCAGUCCCAGCUGCCUCUGGGAAGCGCACAUGCUGAAGGCAUCCCUCUUCUUCUACCGUUGCUCGCUUGCAACUGAUCAGUUUUCCCUUUCUACCUCCUCCAUUUCUGUUGGAACUGAAAACUCAGGUCCUUUUCAGGCAACUGCCCAACUGUGGAGGCCCUGCCUUCUACUCUUCACCACCAGGAGGCAACCUGCUGGGCCAUGCUGGCCCAUCCUGGUCUGUGGGUUCCUGGGUGUCCUGACUCUCCCUGGAAACCAUGUAAGGUCCCAGCUGGCUUUGCCUGUACCCAGGAGCUGUACUGCCUCUGUCUUCUUGGCCCCACGACCGGGUGCUUUGUUUGCAACUCACUGGUGUUUGGGGAAAGCUGUUGAUGACACAGACCUUGGGCUCUGCAACUCUACAGGUGAACUUCCUGCUCCUUCAAUUUUCCUGAAUAAAGCUUCUGUUCAAGAGGAAGAAUCGGUCUCACUGCUAUGUAUAGCUCCUCAAAACUUGUUGGUGACCAGAUUUUUUAUCUGUAAAAAUGGACAUCCCAUCUCAUCUCGCAAAGCAACAUCCAAUACUCAUACGUACAUACUCCAUAUCUCACAGGAGAGUGCAGGCCAAUAUUCCUGUGGGUAUCAAAACAAGUAUGGAAAUAACCAAGAGAAGACAUCUGCCCUCAGUGUUGCUCAAAAACUGAUGGUCCUGCCAAAUAAUAAAGAACUGCCCAAUGAUAGCAUCAGCAGUACUGGCAACCAUAUGAUGCCACUCUACAUUUGGAUUCUUCGCUCUGCAGUGGUGCUUCUCCUGCUGUUCUCAGCACCAAUCUUCAAUUUCUUCUUGAAGAAAGGAAGCUGCUUCUUAGUCUGAACAACAGACCUGCCCUGAAAGUACAACUUGGCUCCUGUCCUGGAUUGAUCAUGCUUCUUGCUUACCUACUCAUUCACCAAUGGCACAGUUUGUCAACUGGUGGUCUGCAGCCUCAGUCUCUUGCCUCUGAUGGCUUCCUCUUUGGUCCCCAAAAUAGCUCCAAGUCCCUAAAUAUGCUCAAGAGCUACUCACUACUAUGUGUUAACCAAGGCAGAAGCAAAUGGAGAUGAAGGGGGAAACUCUGUUAUGUCCCCAGAUGCUCAGAUCAGAAUAUGCUCCCUCUGCGAAUCAAAAUGUUGACCAUCAAUUUACAUCUGUCUCAGAUCUUGUUUGAUGUAUGGAGUUCACCUGAUCAUACUUACAAGAAUAACCUCCUUUAGUAUGUCUGGAAAAGAAUCUUGGUUUGAUAAUGCUGGAAAUAAAUUCAUUUGUCAAUGUUAAGGGAAUUGUCAUUCAGCGAAUAAGA